AUUUAAUCCUCUUAUCCUCUCGUUGUCCGAAAUAUACUCUAGCAGCUCCACAGCGUCAAAUUCCACCUGAAACCCUGCAUAACCAGCUUCCAUAGCCCAAGUAGUAGCAAUGACCAAGGCGGUGGCUUCUGCUAUCAGCGCCGAGUCCGCAAUCAUCGGAAAACUUAGAGCGAAAACUAGCUGACCGUUAUCAUCGCGCAUAAUAGCACCUCCUGCUGAGCCUUCAGCAGCUUAAUUUGCAAGGUCUGCCUGGAGUGCCACAUAUGCUUAAAUGAGGAGGUUGAAGCUUUUUCUGAUCUGAUCGAUUCAUAUGCAGAUUUAAAGGAGAACUGCCCAUCCUUUUCAGGUGAAUCUGUGAUCUUAGGGGACAUAUUAGUAAUAUUCCAGUAUUACUAGAAUAUUCUGGCCAAACAUAUCUGAUCACCAUUUUCACCCACCAUGAAUUCUGGCCAAGUCAAAGCGGCGCUAUGUAUCCGAAUAUUCAACACUUAACCUCAGUAUCCACUCUUAGCCUACAUCUUCUUUUUGGGAGUGUUUAUUAUCUAAAACUAAGAUAGUAAUUUUGCCGGAGACUUGAAACUAGGUAAAGAAAGUCGAAAGAAAUCCUCAAUGGAGGAAGGUGGAAUUAAGAAACAACAGACAAAGAAGGAAGAAAGGGAAAAGCAAAGAGAAAAGGAAAGUAAAAGAAUGGAAAAGAAAAUUGGAAAGAAAUAAUAACAAAAUGCCAUAUAAGCAAAAAUAAUUGCUACAACCGGUCACCUUCUGGUCAUGUGACUUAAAUGACCCUUUUUUUACAAGUAAACAGAUGCAUAUGACACUUAUUUAAGUACAUAGACCUAAGUGAUGGUUCUCAUAUAGUAGAAGGACUUAUUUGACCCUUUUCCUUCCUUUUUUCAAAUUUUGAAACGGAUGAGCUUGAACAUUGUCAUGAUUAACAAUAUGUUACCUCAUUUGUGGUUUUAUUUUUCAACUAUCUGUCAGUAUAGCUAAUUAAUGUGAAUAUUUUUCUUUUUUCAGUAACUUUUUCUGUGUUUAGGUUUUCGCUCCUAUUUCAUAUUAUGGAAGGAGAAACAUCAUGGGUCAGCCAUUGCUAUGACCACAUUGUAAAAGAUAGGAUUGAGUUUGAUUCAUCAUCAUCGGAGCUCGAUGACGAAAGCAGUGGGCCCAUUGUUCUUGUUGAUCUGAUACUGCCCGAUGAUCUGUUGGAGCGGAUUCUGGCCUGCAUGCCCAUUGCCAGCCUGUUUAGGGCAGGCUGUGUCUGCAAAAGAUGGCAUGAUAUAGUGAAUUCAAAGCAAUUUUUAUGGAAUUUCUCACAGGUGCCGCCUAAAAAGCCUUGGUAUUUUAUGUUCACAAACUCAGAUGAGCCGAUUGGUUAUGUCUAUGAUUCCAUCCUCAAGAAGUGGUACCGUUUUGAACUCCCAUGCAUUGAGACCUCGAAUUGUGUCAUUUCUUCAUCUUGUGGAUUAGUUUGCUUUAUGGACAAUGACAGUAGAAGCCAGCUGUGUGUGUGUAACCCCAUAACCAAAUGUGUCAAGAAGCUUGAGGAGACUCCAGCUCUCAAGUUUUCGGACUAUAGCGCUUUGGCAAUCUCUGUUGAGAGGAAACCUCGCAGGUGCACUGUGACUUACAGCGUGACAGUUGUCAAAUCUGAACAGGUACCCGGAAACUUCUACCAGUGGGACCUCUCCAUCCACAUAUAUGACUCGGAAACAAUGACUUGGGUAACCCCGUUCACAGAAACAUUACAAGGGUGGAGAGCAGGGGAUGAGAGUGUAAUUUGCAAUGGGGUUUUGUAUUUCUUGAUCUACUCCACAGGAGACGGUCCUCCAGACAACCGGCACGGCCUGGUUUCAUAUAAUAAUCUGAGAACCAGACCGACCCGCGGUUACUUGAUGAGUAGUUUCUUACCGGUCCCGUGUCCCCUUACUUGUGGCCGGUUGAUGAACCUUAAUGAGAGGUUGAUAAUGGUAGGAGGGAUCGGGAAACCGGACCAUCCUGAUAUUAUAAAGGGGAUUGGGAUAUGGGGUCUUAAUGGCAGGAAGGAGUGGGAAGAGAUUGCGCGCAUGCCGCCUAGGUUCUUCCAUGGUUUCGGGGAGUUCGAUGAUGUUUUUGCGAGCAGUGGCAGUGAUGAGAUGCUAUACAUCCAGAGCUACGGUGCACCUGCUCUUCUUGUUUUUGACUUGAGCCAGAAGCAAUGGAAGUGGUCGUUGAAAUGCCCAGUGUCUAAAAGGUUUCAUCUUCAACUCUUUACUGGAUUCUGCUUCGAACCAAGGCUUGAAGUCUCUCCUUAAGCUUCUUAUGCUGCAAUGGAUGGAUUUCAUCUGUUUCCUAAUGUCUUCCCCCCUUCAUAUGCCCUUAUUUUUUUUGUCAAGAACUUGUUGAAAGGUAUAUUAUAUUAUUUAUAUUAUAUUAUAUUAUAUAGAUGUAUGGGUGUGCGCUUUUGUGCCUGGUCAAUGAAAUGUAUUAGGUCUGUAAUGACCUUUGGUCUUUACACAUUCCCAGAUCUUGAUGAUUAUGAAUGUUGAUAAUUUAUGAGUUAUGACUCUUUCAAAUAGUGGGGACAAUAAUCUCUACAUUUGCAUGAUGAUAAACUUUGAUCAUCAUAAGAGCUGUAUUUUGUGAAAUUUAUAAACUUUGUACUUUUAUGACGGUACUUUUAACGAAGAA